AUGUUAGGCAUAAUUUUUAAAUUCCAAUUCACCAAGUUCCCCAGCGUGCUGAAGGCUGGUCACUGCCACGGCGGCGUGGCCACCGCCCGCCUGGAGAACCAGAGCGCCCUGCAAGACGCCGCCGGCCUGGUGAGCGGUGCCGGCAACGACUCGCAUUGUUAUUGCACCAUCGAGCCCUAUAUCGAUGCCAAGUUCAGCGUGCACAUCCAGAAGAUUGGCAACAACUACAAGGCAUUUAUGCGCAAAUCCAUCACCGGCAAUUGGAAGACCAAUCAGGGAUCCGCCAUGCUGGAGCAAAUCACUUUAACCGAGAAGUACAAAAGCUGGGUGGAUGAGAUAUCGGAGCUCUUUGGCGGCAUGGAAGUGUGUGGUCUCUCCGUGGUGGUGGCCAAAGAUGGACGCGAGUACAUCAUCAGCGCCUGCGACAGCACAUUCGCCCUCAUCGGGGACACCCAGGAGGAGGACCGCCGGCAGAUAGCCGAUCUGGUAUCGGGACGCAUGCAGAACGUGUGCCGUCCCAGCAUGGCGCAGACGGGACCGGGCAAGCUGCCCUCCCGAUCCUCGGUCUCCUCGCGGGCGGAGAGUCCCACGGACGAGGGCAUGGCGCCCACUCCGCCGCUCCCAGCCGGCCCACGACCGGCUCCCAUGGGCGGACCACCACCCAUUCCGGAGCGCACCUCGCCGGCGGUGGGCUCCAUUGGGCGGCUGAGCAGCCGCAGCAGCAUCUCAGAGCUGCCAGAGGAGCCCUCCUCCUCGGGACCCAGCACAGUGGGCGGAGUGCGCCGCGAUUCGCAGACCUCGCAGUCGUCGACCAUCUCCUCCUCGGUGUCGCGAGUGGGCCAGAGGCCGCCGCAGACCCAGAGCUCCGUGGUGGAGGACGCCGAGGACACCAUGAAGAACCUGAGGAAGACGUUUGCGGGGAUCUUUGGUGACAUGUAG